AUGCUGGUGGUCUUCCAGAACAAGAUCAUCUACAUGCCUUCAAUCCCGCCAUUCUCCAGGUCUGAGAAGCUCAGCGACUAUUCGUCUCAGUGUAGGCCGGUCAAGUGGAUCGAGCAUAGCCUUCAGUCAUCAGAUGGAACAACAAUCAAGCUUGUGGAAGGGGCAAUCACGCCACCUGGUGAGAUGAUAACCGCCGAGCACAUUGUCGUGGUCUAUUUCCAAGGCAACGCGUCUUCUCUACCCCCUCGCCUUCCAUAUCUGUCGCAUGUUCUGAAAUGGUUGGAUCGCGAACAGCAACAGCAUCGGAAAUACACCAUUAUUGCUUUGUCCUACCGCGGCUACUGGACGUCGCGGGGAAGACCAUCCCAGGAGGGGAUUACGCUCGACGCCGAAGCAGCACUACAGUGGGUACAAGCCAGAUACAAGGAUAAGCGAGCGAAGAUCGUGGUUUGGGGUCAAUCGAUCGGCGCAGGGGUCGCAACCGUGAGUCUGGCCAGGUCGCUAAAACCCAAAGGCGGCAACCUCCACAGCCAAUUGAGCGGGCUGAUCCUCGAGACACCGUUUGUUGAUCUGAAGACGAUGCUCGUGGCCUUGUAUCCCCAGAGAUUCCUCCCCUACCGUUAUCUCGGACCGUUCUUGCGCUCAACCUGGGACAGCGGAAGCGCGCUUCUGCAGAUUAGUGCCAGCAAGCCGGAUCUGGAGGUGCUGAUUCUCGAAGCUGGCGACGACGAAAUCGUGCCGGCCGGGCAGGCUGAAAUUCUAGAGCAGAUCUGCGCGAAACAGAAUCUGCCGGUCCAACGCAAGACUGUUGCAGGAUCACUGCACACUGAAGCCAUCUCCAAGAGUGAGGGACGCAAGUAUGUGGGGGGGUUUCUGCAAUCGCUCUAA